AUGAACUUGUCUAUCGCGAACUCUUCAUCUGUUGCGCUUCUUCGUAACCGACGCAAUAACAAGUCUCGCAUGCAGAUUCUUCAUUCUCAGUCAAUAGCAGCAGCGAGAACAGAAAAUGCAGACGAAAACAACCGAGGACUCGAACUUGAAGAAAUGCAGGCCGUAGACGACGACCACACUUACAACCCCGGCGCACCGCUUCUCCCGCAUAACCGCACGGCUGGAUCUGGCUCGAGAAAUCUUUCAGGAGGUGAAGAAGCUCGUAGCGGCACUGGGCCCGUCGCUGAGGAAUCAAUAAAUGGUGUCUCUGCAACAUGGUUUAUAUGGGCGCUCACCUUGUCGGCAGGACUCAGCGGCCUGCUGUUUGGAUAUGAGUACGAUGCAACGUUCUUCUACUUUUUGUGUACCGGCGUCAUUUCAUCGACCUUGGUGUCUAUCAAGACCGAUCUGUCCCAUCGAGAACUCACCACCUUGGAUAAGAGCUUGAUAACAUCAUGCACAAGUUUAUUUGCGCUCGUUGCCAGCCCCAUCGCGGGUGCACUGGGAGAUAAACUGGGACGAAAACCCGUUAUCUUGAUUGCAGAUGCGUUAUUCGUCGUCGGGGCGCUUUGGCAAGCGGCCACGUCUGAGGUCAGCGGGAUGAUCGUUGGACGGAGCCUGGUGGGUUUGGCUGUUGGAACCGCCAGCUUGAUUACGCCCCUGUACAUUGCCGAACUCUCCCCGUCGGCCAUCCGAGGUCGAUUAGUGACUGUUCUUGCGCUCUUCAUCACUGGUGGCCAGGUGGUGGCCUAUGUGGUUGGAUGGCUGCUAUCAACUGCACCGUCGGGUUGGCGGUGGAUGGUUGGUGUAGGCGCCUUUCCCGCACUGGUUCAAUUAGCAAUUCUGGUGUUUCUCCCGGAGACACCAAGGUGGCUGAUGAAAAUGGGCAAAGACGUCAAAGCGCGUCGAGUUUUAAGCAAAGUAUAUGGCGAUACUGACUCAGUCAAGCAGGCGGUUGACCAGAUUAUCCAUGGGAUUGAAACUGAAAUCAAUGAAGAUGGCCCCAUAUCAACUCAUGUGCGAGACGCUACCUCGGGCAGCUCACUUCCACAGUGGCUGAUUCCAAUAUCACAGAAUUGGACCAGCCUGUUCCGGGUCCCUGCUAAUCGUCGUGCCUUGACAAUAGCCUGCAUGCUACAGGGCUUACAGCAACUAUGCGGUUUCAACUCACUAAUGUACUUCUCAGCAACCAUUUUUGAUAUCCUCUCUUUCGCCUCGCCAACUCUGACUUCACUAUCCGUGGCGGUGACAAAUUUUCUUUUCACCCUCCUAGCUUUCUAUCUCAUUGACCGCAUCGGCCGCCGACGGAUUCUUCUCUACUCAGUCCCAGUUAUGGCUUUCGCCCUUAUCCUAUGCGCAGCCGUUUUCCCCAGCAUGGCCAACCUUCCAGCCCCAUCUCCGGAUCAAGGUUCCCCAAGCGGAAUCAAUCACAAAGCCGCCACCCAAUCCCGCCUCGAUCCCAUCCUCAUCCUCAUUUCCCUAACAAUAUACACCGCUUCUUAUGCAUCUGGCCUGGGAAACGUUCCCUGGCAGCAAUCCGAGCUUUUCCCCCUCCAAGUCCGCUCGCUUGGCUCCGCACUCGCAACAGCGACCAAUUGGGCUUCAAAUUUCAUCGUGGGACUUACAUUCUUGCCGCUCAUGGAGCUUAUUUCUCCCGGUUGGACAUUCUUGAUCUAUGCCGGCGUUUGCGUUGUGGGUUGGCUGACUGUGUGGGGGAUUUAUCCGGAGAUGAGCGGACUGGGUUUGGAGGAUGUCGGGGGCUUGCUCGCGGAUGGUUGGGGUGUCGGGAAGAGUCUAGAGAGGUUUGCCAAGAGAAGAGGUGAUAUUCCCGGCGGAUAG